AUGGGCGCCCGUCUGCCAGUGCCAGUCUCACUGUCUCAGUCAUCCCGCGCUGGGACAGCCGCUGCACCACUGAAGCUUCCCGCGACUGCGCCUCAAUCUCCCGCCAAGUAUGGCAUACCGGUGCUGGGAUCAGGCCGGCGGUCCGGCAGCGACUCGCACGCCCAAUCCUUCCUCAUGCUGUUCCAUCUGCCCUGCGCUGAUGUUUGGAACUCGCAACGCCCACUCUCCAAACCGGCCAUUGGCAGCCGCGUCUCUCUCGCUCCUUUUACGUCUACGAAUAUUAAGAGCCGCCUACAAGGGCGGCAGAGUCGGGACCUCCUCCACUACGGUGGCAUGACGACAUUUUGGCUGUCGGUGGCCCGUAUCAAUCAGUCAUCCGUCCCACGUCGUAUGGGAAUCGAGAGCUCGGAAGUUGGAGCCGGCACCCCUGAUCCUCACCAACGACAACCUUUCAGCCUCACGCCAAUCACCAUGUCAGAAAUGACAUCACACUCUUUCCCCUCGGCCUUUCUCGACCAUUGGAUUCGCUCUCUCAAAUCGAGACGCGGUGAUCAGCUUAACGACUUUCCAAACUACCACGUUUUCCAUCCUGAGAGUCUGGUGACAACAUGUAGUCCCAAGUCACUCACCGUCGGCAACGGCGCCAGCAUCUACAGAGACACACUCCUCCCGGCCAUAUUGCUUGCGAAACGCGAGGUGAUAUUGGUGACGUGCUUCUGGGCUCCGUCCGAUACCUUGUGUGCCAUCAAAGAAACCCUGGAGCUCCUUGCCGACCGACGCAGAGAGACGAUUCAAACGUCCGGCGAGGAUGCCGUCGCCCCAUUACGCGUUCGCAUCUGCUUUUCGUCGCGUAGCUUCUUCCAAAAGAUAUUCCAUCCGUGGUCGCGAGACGGUUACGCGUACCCAACCUCAGCGUGGCCAAAGCUCGGAUUGCCCCCGGACACCACCCUCAAGGCGGCCCGCAUCGAACUCAUCGUCAAGAGCCUAUUCUUCCUGCCUUUCAGCGUCAUGCAUCCAAAGUUUAUCAUCGUCGACCGCAAGCGCGCUUGGAUGCCCAGCUGCAACGUGAGCUGGGAGACGUGGUUUGAAGGCUGUAUUGGGUUCGAGGGUGCAGCCGUUGCUCAACUGGUGAAAUUCUACGCCAACGUCUGGGAGCAUGGCGCCGGCGCGCAACAGUUCCCCGGCGACAAUGUUGACGGCGGUGGUGAGGCGAACCAGGGGCCAGGCCAAGUCGACGAAAACACUGGCCGAACUGUUCCUCCCAGUCCACCUUCGGACGAUGAGACCGCGUAUCGGCGGCUGAGCCUCGCAAGUCUGCCACCGUGUCCGACAAUGAUCUUACCCUCAUCUCAUCACUGGUACCCCGGCUUCCGCCACAUUCCUGUCUGGCGGCGCAUCACGGCGCCCACGACUCCUCUCAAUGCGGCUCUGUUGUCUUUGUUUGCCUGUGCUCGGACCGACAUUGAUGUCGUGACGCCGAACCUGACUUGUAGAACAGUAGUCGAUGCUCUCCUGGAGGCUCUUUGCCGCGGCGUCAGCGUCCGCAUCAGGACGAGCAAGAAUAUGAUGUUAAUCGAGCAACUCGUUACGGCUUGCACCACGACGGAAUGGACACUUGAUUCGCUCGUCAAGCGAUACAGCCAAGCCUGCACAGAGUGGGACAGGAAACGAUCGGUAGAUGCCGAGUCCCAGGCGCAACGGCCUGGCCGCCUCACCAUCUACUACUACCGGCCGAACCUGCAGGCGACGGCGGUGCGGGACCCAGAGGAGCCGGUCGUGUCGCAUCUGAAGAUGACGCUCGUCGACAGGGAGUAUCUCUUGCUGGGCUCCGGCAACUUGGACCGGGCCAGUUGGUACACGAGUCAAGAGCUGGGCAUCCUGCUACAUAUACCCGAUUUCCAAUGUGACGUCUGGUCUGAAUCUCUCGAGUCCAGGAUUGAGGUCCGAUUCAGCGGGGAGCCCGGCGAUGGGACGAUGGGCUAG